AAAGUUAGAAGGAUGAUUUUGUUGUCCAUGUUUUUCGGCAAUUUUGGUGGCACCGAAAAAGCCAUGGUAGGCAUGAAAAAGGGUAGAGGCAGAGUUUCCUUUUAAAUUUCCAGAUGUCGUUUACCCCAUUUUUGGACUCCAGAUCAAAUCAAAUGGCCACUUUGUUUUCUCUUCAUUCUUGUCUUGGUUACGGUGUAACUGCACCUCCAAAACCAAAAUCAAAACCAAUUUCGUUACACAUUUUUAGCCACACCAAAAACAAGAAAUUACCCUUCUUGAUCUUGAUCUUGGCAAAGCUUUUCCACCUUUCAGUGAAAAAUUAAUGGGGAUUCUGUAUGGAAUGGUGGCAAGGGGACAGGUGGUUCUGGCUGAGUUCAGCGCCACCCAGAGUAAUGCCAGUGUCGUAGCCAAACAGAUACUCGGCAAGAUCAAUGUCGGGGACGACAACAACAAAGACAGCAAUGUUUCAUUUUCCCAUGAUCGCUAUGUUUUUCAUGUCAAGACCACAGAUGGCCUCACUCUUCUUUGCAUGGCUGAUGAUGCAUUCGGAAGAAUGAUCCCUUUUGCAUUUCUUGAAGAUAUUCAUAAAAAAAUUGUGAAGACAUAUGGGCGUGCGAUUCUUUCAUCUCCUGCGUACGCCAUGAAUGAGGAGUUCUCAAGGAUCCUGAGCCAGCAGAUGGAUUAUUACUCCAAUGACCCAAAUGCUGAUAGAUUGAACCGUCUCAAAGGUGAAAUGACUCAGGUGAGAACUGUGAUGGUGGACAACAUUGAAAAAGUACUGGAGAGAGGUGGGAGGUUGGAACUGUUGGUAGAGAAAACCUCAGCAAUGAAUAACAAUUCAAUUCGUUUCAGAAAACACUCCCGUCGUUAUAAAAAUAACUUGUGGUGGAGUAACCUUAGGUUAACGGUUGCACUUAUCAUAGUAUUCGUCAUUGUAUCUUACAUUAUACUCGCCUUCCUCUGCCGUGGUCCCUUGUUGACUAAUUGCUUGAGAUAAGCUGUGAAGGCAACCCAAAAGGGGAUAUUAUUUUGAGUCAUUGUACUACUUAUUAACGUCUUCAGAAUAAUAAUAUUGGGUCAAUCAAAGAAGGAAUAUAUAUAAUUUUUUUUUUUUUGCUUUGCAAUCAUUUAUCAAUGGCUUCUGCAUGUUUUAGAAA